UUCGUGGAACAAGUACGAAGUCGAAAACUUUGGAUGAACCGAGAGGUUCCCACAUGAGCAAUUCCAAAUUCGCUCUCUCUCUUUUACAACGGCUAAAUCCAAAAAACUUUACUCACGCGAAGCCAAUACACGCUCAGUUGGUCGUCAAUGGCUGCGAAGACCAUUCUCUUCUCGGCAAACUCUUGGAGCAUUACUGUUCUUCGUCUUCUUCCACUGCAGAAAGCACCAAACUUGCUCAUUCGAUGGUUUUCCCGCAGUUCGAUCCUCUGGACACCUUUCUCUUCAACACGUUGCUGAAAUGUAGCAAACCCGAGGAAUCGAUUGGGAUUUUCACGAAUUGGGCAUCGGACAGUCGCUUGAUUCUCGAUGAGCACACGUUUGUGUUUGUGCUUGGCGCUUGUGCCAGAUUCCGUUCGGUUUCGACGUUGUGGUUUGGCCGACAGGUUCACGGGAUGGUAAUAAAAUACGGGCUUCUCUCUGAUUCUUUGUUGGUCGGAACUACUUUGAUCCAUUUCUACGCAAAAAAUGAGGAUUUACGUUCUGCGAGGAAGAUGUUCGAUGAAAUGCCUGAGAAAAGCUGUGUAUCGUGGAAUGCAAUGAUUGGAGGAUAUUGUUCACGAAAGGAGAAAGGCAGUGACUCUGCUCAUAUGGGUUUAAAACUGUUUCGUGAAUUCAUGUGCGGUGAUGAGCCAUUCAGGCCUAGUGAUACGACAAUGGUUUGCGUUCUUUCCGCGAUUUCUAGAAUGGGUUUCCUUGAAAUGGGUUCUCUUGUUCAUGGGUACAUAGAAAAAUCAGGUUUUGCACCCGAAAACGAUGUUUUCAUCGGUACUGGUCUUGUAGACAUGUACUCAAAAUGCGGAUGCUUGGAAAGCGCGGUAUCUGUGUUCGAGCUAAUGAAAGUGAAGAACGUAUUGACAUGGACUUCCAUGGCGACAGGGCUAGCUCUUCAUGGCAGAGGAGUCGAGACAAUGAACCUUGUCGAGAAAAUGGCAGAUUCUGGUGUUAAACCGAACGAAGUAACCUUCACAAGCUUGCUAUUGGCUUGUUGUCAUGUAGGGCUGGUCCAAGAGGGUCUCAGUUUGUUCCACAGCAUGAAGGAAAGAUUCGGUAUUGUUCCUGCCAUUCAACACUGUGGUUGCAUAGUGGAUCUCCUUGGUAGAGCCGGGCGUUUAAAAGAAGCGUAUGAGUUCAUAUCGACUAUGCCAGUCCAGCCUGACUCUAUCUUGUGGAGGAGUUUGCUGAACGCGUGCAAUGUUCAUGGGGACACAGAGAUGGCUGAAAAGAUUGGGAAGGUACUAAUCCGGUUGGAUCAAAAUGAUUUGAGUUUUGGUGUUGAUUGUGAAGACUAUGUGGCUCUGUCGAAUGUGUUGGCUUCCGAGGGGAAAUGGGGCAAGGUUGAGAUGUUGAGAGAAGAAAUGAAAAAGAGGAGGAUCAAGAUGAGAAAAGGCAUAACUCCCGUCGGCAAGCUCCAUUCGAAUCGGUAGAGAAGGUUUGCCAAAGGGAUCUCGAACAUGGCGACGCCCAAAUGCAUCACGGGACAUAUCCUACAGCCCGACCCAAACAGCAAGAGCUCGAAAUCUCGACCCUUGAAGCCCACGGUCUUGUGAUCAUUCAUGAACCUCUCCUGAAUGUCGUAGCCGCCGAUCUUGGUGUCUGCGAUGGCUUCACGGUGAAGAAGAACAGGAACCACGGGGUCGAGCCUGAGAGAUUCCUUGACGUCGUCUUCAAGACGUCGUCUUCAAUAGUAACGUUGCCAGCAUCAUCGCCUCGACGUUCUCGCAAGUGAACUCGGUCGAGAAAGGCUGAUCUUUGUAUAUUUCUCCCAUAAGAUCAAUGAAACUCUCUCUCUCUCUC